AUGGAGGAGGCGGAGGCCGAUUGCGCCCUGGCGUUCGCCGAGGCCCAGCGAUGGGUGGAGGCAGUAACAGAGAAGAAUUUUGAAACAAAGGAUUUUCGAGCCUCUCUAGAGAAUGGUGUUCUGUUGUGUGAUUUGAUUAAUAAGCUGAAACCUGGGGUCAUUAAGAAGAUCAAUAGACUGUCCACACCUAUAGCAGGCUUGGAUAAUAUAAACGUUUUUUUGAAAGCUUGUGAACAGAUUGGAUUGAAAGAAGCCCAGCUUUUCCAUCCUGGGGAUCUACAGGAUUUAUCAAAUCGAGUCACUGUCAAGCAAGAAGAAACUGAUAGGAGAGUGAAAAAUGUUUUGAUAACUUUGUACUGGCUGGGAAGAAAAGCACGGAGCAACCCCUGCUAUAAAGGUCCCUAUCUUAAUUUGAAAGCGUUUGAGAAUCUUUUAGGACAAGCUCUGACUAAGGCACUUGAAGAGCCCAGCUGCCUGAAGAGGACUGGGAGGGACAGUGGUUACAGCGACGUCUGGGGCCCCGAGCGCGGGGAGCUUCUGGCUUCUCCAGGCAGCUGUAAGCGGGAGGACUCGUUUGAGAGCUUGGACUCUUUGGGAUCAAGGUCAUUCACAAGCUGCUCCUCUGAUAUCACGCUGAGGGGGGCACGUGAAGGUUGUGAAAGUGACACAGAUUCUGAAUUUACAUUCAAAAUGCAGGACCAUAAUAAAGAUGAUAUGUCCUAUAGAAGGAUUUCGGCUAUUGAACCCAAGUCUGCCUUACCCUUCAAUCGCUUUUUACCCAACAAAAGUAGACAGCCAUCGUACGUGCCGGCACCCUUGAGGAAGAAAAAGCUGGACAAAAAUGAGGAUAACAGACGAAGCUGGGCAAGCGCCGUCUACACAGAAGCAGAUGGAACGUUUCCAAGUAACGAGAGGAGAACUUGGGGCACAAACGUGGAGAACUGGCCAACAGUACAAGAAACUUCAGACUCCUCUUGUUAUUUGGAAGAGAACGAAGACAAGAGAAGUGUUCCCAACACUGUAAAGGAUGAUCUUUACGUGCGAAAGCUAAGCCCAGUCAUGCCAAGCCCAGGGAAUGCUUUUGAUCAGUUUCUUCCCAAAUGCUGGAUCCCAGAGGAUGUGAACUGGAAACGAAUAAAAAGGGAAACUUACAAACCGUGGUAUAAAGAAUUUCAGGGAUUCAGUCAGUUUUUAUUGCUUCAGGCCCUCCAGACAUAUUCUGAUGACAUCUUGUCUUCUGAAACAAAUAUCAAAAUCGACCCCACAGCUGGCCCCCGGCUCAUAACACGCAGAAGGAACCUCUCUUAUGCACCAGGGCGUGGACCAGGAGAUGCCCUGGAGAUGCCAGGCCUGGAUCCCGACUUAGAGAAUGACGACUUCUUUGUCAGAAAGACCAGGGCUUUCCACGCAAACCCAUGUGUUCUCCGGGCUUUCGAAGACUUAAGAAGGCUGUCUGGGCAAGACGAUCCCAUAGAGCGAGAUAUAAUCCUGCAGUGUAGGGAAGGGGAACUUGUCCUUCCGGACCUCGAAAAAGAUGAUAUGAUUGUUCGCCGCAUUCCAGCGCAGAAGACAGAGGUGCCUCUGUCAGGAGGCCCUGAUAGAUACCAGCCAGUCCCAUUCCCUGAACCCUGGAUGCUUCCUCCAGAAAUUCAAGCAAAAUUUCUCUGUGUGCUUGAAAGGACAUGCCCCUCGAAGGAAAAAAGCACUAGUUGUAGAGUGUUAGUUCCUUCCUGUAGGCAGAAGAAAGACGACAUGUUGGCUCGUAAGAUCCAGUCUUGGAAGCUCGGGACCUCGGUCCCUCCCAUCAGUUUCACUCCUGGUCCCUGCAGCGAGGCGGACUUACAGAAGUGGGAGUCCAUCCGAGAGGCCAGCAGGCUUAGGCACCGGAAGCGGCUGAUGGUGGAGAGACUCUUUCAAAAGAUUUAUGGUGAGAGCGGGAGUAAGUCCAUGAGUGAUGUCAGCGCAGAGGAUAUUCAGAGCUUGCGUCAGCUACGUUACGAGGAGAUGCAGAGAAUCAAGUCCCAGUUAAAAGAACAGGACCAGAAAUGGCAGGAUGACCUUGCAAAAUGGAAAGAUCGUCGGAAAAGCUACACUUCGGAUCUGCAGAAGAAAAAGGAGGAGAGAGAGGAGAUUGAGAAGCAGGCUCUUGAGAAGUCGGAGAGAAGAUCUAAGACAUUUAAUGAAAUGCUACAGGACAGGGAAUCCCCAAAUCAGAUGUCUACAGUUGCAUCGAGAAGGAGACUAUACUCUUUUGAUGACGGAUUGAAUGAAGAAAAGCCUCCCCCUAUGCUGCCUGUGUCAGAAGCCUAUUCCCAGAGUGAGAGAGUAGAAGAGAAAGGAACGGCUUAUCCGACAGAAAUUCCUAAGCGGGAUUCUACAACUUUUGCAAAAAGGGAGGCUACUGUCACAGCGGAAGUUCAGUUUCCUUCUAGAAGCCCCGUGGAAGAACAGCGCCCAGCCUCUUUGUCUUCUCAGCAUUCACUGAAUACACAAAUGGAGUCGACUCGAGUUUCAGCAACUCUCCCCAGAAGUUACCAGAAAAGCGAUGCGGCCAGGUUAACAUCUGUGGUCGCACCGAGACCCUUUGGCUCUCAGCCAAGGGGAAUCUCAUCACUCCCGAGAUCCUACACGAUGGAUGAUGCUUGGAAGUAUAAUGGAGACAUAGAAGGCAUUAAGAGAACCCAGAGCAGUUCGAUCAGCAUCUCUGUGCAAAGACCGGACACAAGCCAGCUUGUGUCCAGCUCAUCCAGCGAAAGAGAGGCCGACGUGCCCAGAGAAAGUGUGAUGCGAUUGCCCUCACCUACACCUCCCUACUCAUCUCUUUCCCAGGAUCAGGCUGCCACUUCUAAAGACACAUUGUCUUCAAUAUCUAGCCCUGAUUUAACAUCUGAGCUUGGAGAAGGGAGAAGCUUGCCACAGGCAGAGGUCCCCAGGUCACAGGAUCAGUUCAGUGAUAUGAGAAUCAGCAUAAACCAGACGCCUGGGAGCAGUCUUGACUUUGGGUUUACAGUAAAAUGGGCUUUUUCCAGGAUCUUCGUAGCAUCAGUUGAAGCAGGUAGCCCAGCAGAAUUUUCUCAGCUACAGGUAGAUGAUGAAAUUAUUGCUAUCAACAACACCAGGUUUUCAUAUAAGGACACAAAAGAGUGGGAGGAAGCCAUGGCUAAGGCCCAGGAAACUGGGAGCCUAGUUAUGGAUAUCAGGCGCUAUGGAAAGUCUGAUUGGGGCAAAGACCAGACUUCCCUGCCAUUUACACGGCAUAAAACCCUCAAUCUCACCAGUAUGGCUACCAAAAUUAUAGGUUCACCUGAAACAAAGUGGAUUGAUGCCACUUCUGGAAUUUACAGCUCAGAGAAAGCUUCAAAUCUGUCAGUAACAACUGAUUUCUCGGAAAGCCUUCAGAGUUCUAAUACUGAAUCAAAAGAAAUCAAUGGAAUUCGUGAUGAAAGCAAUACUUUUGAAUCAAAAGCCUCUGAACCUAUAUCUUUGAAAAACUUAAAAAGGCGAUCACAGUUUUUUGAACAAGGAAGCUCCGAUUCUGUGGGUCCUGAUCUUCCAGUCCCAACCAUCAGUGCCCCAAGUCGCUGGGCCUGGGAUCCGGAGGAGGAGCGGAAGCGGCAGGAGAGAUGGCAGAAGGAGCAGGACCGGCUGCUGCAGGAAAAAUAUCAACGAGAACAGGAAAAACUGAGGGAAGAGUGGCAGAGGGCUAAGCAGGAGGCUGAGAGAGAGAAUUCCAAGUACUUGAAUGAGGAACUGAUGGUCCUGAACUCAAACAGCAUUUCUCUGACGGCCCGGGAGCCUGCCCUGGCCACCAGGGGUGAGGAGUCCAAGUCUCCUGACAAGGAAGGAACGCGGGCAGAGGAAAAGAUGAGGCACCAGCAGCAGGAGGAAGACGCGAAUGAGGACCAAAGGAAGCAGCUGCAGGAACAGCUCACUCUUGAGAGAGAGAGGAAGGAGCAGCAGUAUCAGGAAGAGCAGCAACAGAAGUGGCGUGAGGCGGAACAGAAGCACCAGGCAGAGAAAGAGAGGGAAACUUCCAUCAAAAUAUACCAGUACAGAAGGCCUAUUGAUUCCUAUGACAUACCAAAGAGAGAAGAAGAAUCUUCAGGUUUGCUUCCUAGUGACAGGAAUAAAUCCAGAUCUACUACUGAAUUGGACGAUUUCCCCACAAAUAAAAAUGGAAGCAAUAGAUACGCAGACCGAAGUGGGAACAGUAGCUCAUCACAGAAGAGCUCGAAGAAGGAACCAGCGCCAUCAGGAGCGGAGUUGGAGAGACAGCAAAUCCUCCAAGAAAUGAGGAAGAGAACCUCCCUUUAUGAUGACAACAGCUGGAUCCGACAGCGCAGUUCCAGUGUCAACAAGGAGCCUAUUUGUCUGCCGGGGAUUAUGAGAAGAGGUGAAUCUCUGGAUAACCUGGAUUCCCCAAGAACCAAUUCUUGGCGACAGUCCCCGGGGCUCAGUCAGCCGUCAGGAGUCUAUGCCUCUUCCUCCGUCCAAGACUUCCGUCACCCCCCACCUCAGCUGCUGUCCACAUCAAACCGUGCCUACAUGCGGAACCCCUCCUCCAGCAUCCCCCCUCCCUCAGCCGGCUCUGUGAAGACCACCGCCCCAUCCCCCGUACCGCGUAGCCAUUCCCCCGCGGCUCAGCAGCCAGGCUCCCAGCCACGCAACAGGUCGGUCAGUGGGAAGCGAGUGUGCUCCUUCUGUCAUAACAUUCUGGGCAAAGGAGCCGCCAUGAUCAUCGAGUCCCUGGGUCUUUGUUAUCAUUUGCAUUGUUUUAAGUGUGUGGCCUGCGAGCGUGACCUCGGAGGCUCUUCCUCAGGAGCCGAAGUCAGAAUCCGAAACAACCAACUGUACUGCAACGACUGCUAUCUCAGAUUCAAAUCUGGACGGCCAACCGCCAUGUGA